GCUCGGCUGCAUCCGGUUAACUGCAUAGUUGCCUAUCAUUUUGAUAAGAAAGUUGACCUGAAACAAUAUUUCGUGUUUCUUGGAAUUAGAGUACCGAGAACUUAAUUUGCACCGAAGGAGCAUUAGGAUUUACGAACUGUCCCAUUUCAGACAGCCUGGGGAUGGCACAAGUGAGAGUCUAUGAACAGCUUGAUGAUGACGGCCACACGGUUUAUGACGCAGUAGAAAAAGUUUUCUACAACGUGUAUUCUGUCCUGUGCAUGUUGCAGUCUACAGCCAUGUUCAUCACAGCCGCAGUGUACUUCCAGGACUGUCCUGACAAUAUCAAGCUAGGUAUAUAUCUGAUUGUGCAAGCUGCAGUCAUCGUCAUCAUCCCCAUCCUGCUGUGCAGUGUGUUCAGAUGUGGCGUCCGUAUGACGUGGGUGAACUACUACUCCGCAUGUGUCAUAGUAGGACUUCUGUGCACUGCUUGUUUGAUCGCAGGAAGUUACUGGCUUGACGUGGCUGAGUGCAAGUCGUCCACGUUAUACAGCAUUGCUCGCGGGUUCAUUGUAACCACCUGGCUGUUAAAUAGUGUCUUCUUGGUUUUCUCAUUGAUAUACCGCUGCUGUUGCAGGAGGUAUAGGGACAUUGGAUAACAGUGUUACUUAAGAUGCUAAUAAUAAUAUUUCUGACGUAUUUUCAGAAAUAGCAUAAAGCAAAUUAAAUGGUAAUACACCAUAUCAUAAGUGCACUGAUUAAAGUUUCACCACAAAUAGACUCUUUGAAGUGGUUAAGAAGAGGCAAUGCAAUACUUCUGAUUUUAUUCAUUCUCUAAGAAAUAAUUGCAGUGUUCAAACAAUCACAACAAUUAAUGAACUUGUUGCCAGUAGUCACUGUUAUGAUUCACAGCAUUCACCCUGUUAAAGAAUACAUAAAAGUGGUACAAAAAACAAAAUUGAUAUCCUUAUGAUAAAUGGCUUAAUCUUAGGUAUAGUGAACACGAUAUAAAAUUGCCAUAACCUUUGCACAUGACAUUCUUUGUAGGAGUAGCAGCUUAUAGUAUUCCUUCAUGGAGAAAAGAUUAACACAAAUAAAGUAUCAGAAAGCGGU